AUGGGUAAAAGCAGUAAAGACAAGCGUGAUAAAUACUACCGUAAAGCGAAAGAAGAAGGCUGGAGAGCGAGAUCUGCCUACAAACUUUUGCAGCUUAACGAAGAGUUCCACUUCCUCGAAGAUUUCAGCAGGGUUGUAGAUCUAUGUGCAGCCCCCGGAUCUUGGAGCCAAGUUCUGAGUAGACAGACGCAGGGCCGUGAUCGUACUAUUGUUUCAGUUGAUCUGCAACCGAUGGCACCUAUACCAGGCGUUACUACUAUUCAAGCUGAUAUUACACACCCCACUACCGUCGAUAAAAUUCUUAGUGAGUUUGGAGGCCAUCAGGCGGACCUGGUUGUGAGCGAUGGUGCGCCAGAUGUUACUGGUCUACACGAUUUGGAUGAGUAUGUUCAAGCCCAACUUGUUUUCUCUGCUUUACAGCUUGCCACAGCCGUUCUUCGCACUGGCGGCACUUUUAUUGCCAAAAUUUUCCGUGGCCGUGAUAUUGAGCUUAUGUAUGCUCAACUUGGCCGUCUUUUUGAGACCGUUACAUGCGCAAAACCACGGUCAUCCCGUGGGUCCUCUUUAGAAGCCUUCAUUGUCUGUCAAAACUAUGUUCCUCGCGCUGGCUGGGACCCUCUAGAGCUCUUGAAAGCAAAGGGGUCUACUCAGGAAUACUUUGAGAAGCUUGGACUCAAAGAACCACUCGAUUCUCAGCUGCAGGCGGUUGAGGAAGUGCGAGUGAUUGCACCGUUUCUUGCAUGUGGCGAUUUGAGUGCAUACGACUCCGAUGCUACCUAUGUUGACACCACAGAGUAUAGUCUUGAUCCAGUGCGGAGUCCGGUGGCUCCUCCUUACAAGACUGCUCUAGAUCUUAAACGACAAGGUGUGAUUCGCCGUUAA